AGUCACAAGCUGGUUGCAAACCUGAGGCCAGCAGGUGUCAGUCAGUCAGUUAUGGUAGAUCUGAAAUUUGGUUUGAUGACCUCAAUAUGAGAAGCUACAGACUGUUAAGAGGAACCAAAGAGCUCUGUUAAGCGAGGCGAUGGAGGAGACGUACCUACUCAACUAUCCAGGUGUCAAGAAGAAAAUCCUGGCAGGAGGGAAAGGACCUCUGCCUCAUUUCCCACCUGGGACAAAGGUGACCUUCCAUUUCCAAACCCUGCUGGACAACUUUGAGCGAACGGUCAUUGAUGACAGCAGACUGGCCGGCAGACCAGCUGAGAUCUUUGUCGGAAAGAUGUUCAAGAUGGAAAUCUGGGAGCCCUUGUUGACGUCCAUGCGGGUCGGAGAGGUGGCAGAGUUCUGGUGUGACGCCGUUCACACAGGCUUGUAUCCCAUUGUGUCGAAGGGAAUGAGGCUGAUUGCCCAAGGGAAGGACCCCCUGGAGGGCCAGAAACACAUGUGUGGCAUGGGGAACCUGUUCCACUAUCACUCCACUGGCUUCCCGGAGCUCGACGAGAUAAUGCGAACUCCUCAGCCACUCAUAUUCAUCAUGGAGUUGUUGCAGGUAGGAGACCCCUUGUCUUACCACAGAGAGUCGUGGAUGAUGGAGAAGGACGAGAAGCUGCAGACGGUGCCCGUUCUCCACAUGCAGGGCAACGCUCUGGUCAGGCAGAAGCAAUUCAGAGAGGCUGCCAGCAAGUACAAGGAAGCCGUCCUGCUGCUAAAAACAGUGCAGUCCAGGGAGAUGCCAGGUGAUGUAGACUACAUUAACUUGGGGCGAAUGAUUGUCCCCCUGGAGCUGAACUACUGCCAGUGUAUGUUGGAGCUGGAGGAGUACUACGAAGUCAUAGAGCACACAACGGAGCUGCUGGAGAAACACAAAGACUGCGUGAAGGGUUACUACAAGCGGGCCAAGGCUCACGCCGCCGUGUGGAACGAGAAGGAGGCCAGGAGAGACUUCAGUACGGUGGCCCAGUUGGACAUCACUCUGGCUGCGCUUGUUCGCCGAGAGCUGAAGGAGCUGUCGGAGCGCAUGAAGGAGAAGUACUGGGAGGAGAAGGAGCAGUACUGGAACAUGCUGGAGAAAACGGAGGGCACCAGUAAACACAAGGAGGAGGAGGAGGAUGAAGAAACAAAAAAGAAAGAAAGUGACUUUGAAAGUGGCAAAGCAGGAGAGAAAACCGGUUCAUCUGAGAUGAAACGUGUUGAAGAAGGAGAAUCUGGAGAAGAAAAGGUUUUUCUAUGUGAGGGAGUGAAGGAGGAGGAAAGCAGCUGUGCGGUGGAGCUCCAGGCCUGUGAUAAGAUGGAGGGGAAGGACUGGCAGCAGAUGUUACGGCUGGUCAUGAUUCUGCAGAACGAGGGAAACUUCCUCAUCAAAGACCAACACUUCCCAGACGCUUCUGCCAAGUUCAAGGAGGCUUUGGGAUACGUGGACUUCUUACAAAACAAGCAGGUGGAUCAACACGGCGAGGACUGGGAGUCGCUGGAGAAAGUGCGUCUCCCGCUCAGUCUCAACCUGAGCCAGUGCAUGCUGGAGCUGAAACAAUACCAGGAAGUGGUGGAGCUCAACAGCCGGCUGCUGAAGACACACAGAGGUAACUUUAAAGCGACGUACCAGAGGGCGCGGGCGCACACUGCUUUGUGCAACGAGGAUGAAGCUCGAAGAGACUUUGCCACGGUGGAGAAACUGGAUCCAAAGUUUAAACCCUUUGUCCAGAAGGAGCUGAAGAUAUUAGGGGAAAACAUCCGCAAAAUGCACGCCGGCCAAAAGAAGAAUUAUUGGGAAACGACAAAGGAGAAGUGGGGUCCUGUUGGAAGCAGGACCAAGGAUGCAGUAAAAAAGAAAAACACAAACUCUUCCAAGAAAGCCACAGAAAAAAACACUGAAAGCCAUAAAGUUGAAGAGAGGGAAAACCCAGCAGAACACCGUCCUGUUGAGCCUGAAGGAGCGGGCGACUCAGAAACAGAAAAAAAUCCAGAUUCGAAAGCAGAGCGUUGUGAUAAAGAGCAAACGUGUGGGAGGACGAGUGGAUUGGGGUCAGAUAAAGAAAAACCAGCGAGGGUCGUGGCUCCUGAAGCAGAUAAUCACAAAACAGAUAAAGAUGGCGACCCUGCUGGCGACCCUGCGUCCACCAGCUCAGAUAAUGUAGUGAGCAGGAGAUCGCGGCACGAUAAAGGGAAGAAGAAGAAGGUCAAACGGCAAUCAAGAAACACAGCAAAAAGAACAAAGUCAGGGACAGGAAGAGGAGACGGACCAGUAAACUGACAGCAGCCUGUUGAGUCACAAGCGUUGGCAAAAUCAGAGAUAAAAAGUAAUUAUAUAACAGAGCUGGAAGUGGAAAAACAAAGUCAGGAAAUACUGAUUUUACCACUUAAAAGCCAAAUAUAGACACCUAAAUAAAAUGAAU